AUGUCACCCGGUUUAUCCUACCAUAGCCCUGCAUGGAGACAACAAUUCUCCAAGCCUGAUGCGCUCCAAAAGUACCUCUGCACGUGCACAACGGAUAUCAACAAGAUACAUGGAAGACACACGCCCUUGAUGCUUGUCGUGAAAGCGUGUGAUCACGCAGCUGUCGAUCUCCUGUUGAAGUAUGAUGAUCUUCGUGCUUCUCGAUGCAAUGCUUACGGUCAGACUGCGUUGUCGAGGGCCACCACGCAGGGCAGUGUGUCAAUCGUACGACAGCUGCUCCGCCGCAAAGAUAUUGAGUUCUACAGUCAAGAUCAAAAAGUCCAGCAGCCACUCCUGGUGGCUUUGGAAUACCAACAGUAUGAGAUUUUGGAAAUCCUCUUGCGGGAUCAUCGGGCCAAGAUCAAUCAGAAGAAUCACCGCGGCCAAACCCUCCUGCAUCUCGCCGUGAUCUACGGAGACCUUCGCGAUGUUGCAAGACUUGCAAAAGAGAAGCUGAUUGAUGUCGAUUGUCCCGAUCAUCUGGGGGAGACGCCCCUCAUGUUGGCUGCGAAGCUCCAUGCCUGCGAUCAGCCCAACAAUGUCAAGAUGCACAAGUGUCUGCUCUCGAGGUCCAAAUUUAGGGUCGAUCGAGAUGAAGGGGUUCAUCUGUCCUUUCGCAUGCCACGAAGACUUUCAAUACAGAGCUGA